UUUAAUACGCGAGCUUGGACUCUCUGGUAACAAAUAUGACUCUUGUCGCGUUUUCUAUGUGCUGAAUAUAUAUUUUAACCUAUUAUAAUUACUCGAUAUAAAGAUUAUUUGACGUUCCUUAUGGUUUCAUAGACAACAUGAUGUCUGCGUGUAUUUAUUCAUUGUUCAGAAGAAUGUGUAUGGCGAAUGGACAACGGACAGUUGUGACAGUUGCUGCAACAAAAAUCGAAACUCCAGAAAUUGAGCAACCGUUUCGUACUACAGAAACAUAUCCCCCGAAUCAUGUUACUCAUCACUUGAAUCGAAUUUAUACAGUACCAUUAGAUAUUCAAAAUCUUUUACAAAAUGAUAUACCCAAUGAGUGGAAGAAACAAAUUAAGACUUUUGCAGAAUUUGCUAUAUUGAUUAGAAAACCUGCGGUUGAAACAAUGUCGUAUCUGGAGCAAGCAGAUUACACUAAGUCUAUUAACAAAUACAUUUUGUAUGGUAUACAUGGUGUAGGAAAAACAACAACGUUACUGCAUUUAAUCCACUAUGGUUUCGCAAAAAAAUUCAUUAUGCUUCAUUUACCAAGCGUUAAUACAUGGUUUCGAUUUCCAAAGGAAAUUACCAACUCUCUGCUGACACCGGGUAAAAUAGAUUUACCUAUACACGCAGGAACAUGGUUGAAAUAUUUCAGAAAUUUAAACAAUGCUUUACUAUCGGCAUUGGAUUUAAAAGUGUCUAAAGACUAUACAUGGAGUCACCGAGAAAGUACAAAAUCUGGGGAAUCUCUUUCUAAUCUUAUUGAAUUCGGAAUACAACGAAUUAAAUUUGCUUGCGGAGUUGUUAAUGCAUUGGUGGAUGAACUUAAAGCAGCUAGUACCGCAGGAAAGUGCAGAAUGUUAGUUGUUAUAGAUGGUUUUAAUGCACUUACAGAUGAUUACACGUCGAUACAAGAUGACAACAAAGUAAAUGUACCAGCUGAAAGGAUAUCGUUAACUACAGCAUUCCUUAACAGUGUAAAUUAUAAUUGGUGUAACGGAGCUGCAAUAUUAACAGUAGAUAUAAGAGCAACUAAGCAUAAAAGAGAAUCUGAAUAUCCAAGAUACUUACUUGGUAAGAAAGGAUUUGAACAUGUUGAUCCUUUCGUUCCCGUGUGUGUUGAAAAUUAUACUUCCGAUGAAUUCAAUACUAUCAUGGAAUAUUAUAAAGAUAGAAAAUGGAUUAGAAAUAUUACUGCUAAUGGACAGAGAGAACUAGAACUAUUGUCCAAUAGGAAUCCACUCGAACUCUGGACUCGUUGUAAACCCUUAUAAAAUAUUUUAUAUAUAAAUAAAUUUUUUAGUAGGUACAAAAUCUAA